CAGUCCAAAAUCAGCGUCUUAACUCAGCGCUCAUUUAAUUCAUCGUUGAGUGAACAUUGAAAACCGCCAACAGUUUAACUCAGCGGGGCAUUCACUUGUUAUAUACACACACACACACAUACAAGAGACUUUUUUCCUUUUCUACUUCUACUUCUUCUUCUUCGUUUUCCAUCGGGUUCUUCGCGUCCUUCUGGGCUCCCAUGUUGACGAUGAUGAUGGUGGUUAUUCUUCUUCCAUGGGCUGUUGCCUAUCGUCAGUUGGUUCGGAACCGUUCGUAAAACACAAGGUGCGUUUGGUACAUACGGUUCGUUAAUUUUAUAACAGUGUGAAUAAGGUGUUGUGACCAGAAAAAUUGUUAAUUUAUUAUGUGUUGUGAUAUGUGAUAACUGUGAUUUUAAGUGGGUGUUUUUAAAGGAUUUUAUAAUGACCAAACGGAUGCGAGGAAUGUGAUAAGAUAGAAUGUCGAAUGGCCCCACCCCGGCAAUAUGAGCUCCCCAAUAGGGGAGCCGGGGGCGGCGGUCCGUGCCGCCGCUACGAUCGGCGACUGCGCCACCUUAGGUCGCCUCUUGCCCGUGAGAGGACCGGCGCGAUUCACGCGAGACACGCAAGGGCGCACCGCCAUUCAUUUGGCGGCGGCCAAUGGACGCGCGCAGGCGCUGCGUAUGCUAUUGGCCAUCGCUGCUGCGCAGGAAGUAGACGCACGCGAUGGCGCAGGCUGUACUGCUUUACAUAGGGCGGCGGCCGAUGGACACGAGGAGGUUAUAAGGGCGCUCUUAGCUAAGGGCGCCAGGGUGGAUACUGUCGAUACUAUGCAUUGCAAUACGGCUUUACAUGAAUGCGCGUGGAAGGGUCACAGUCGUACCGUAAGGUUGUUGUGCGCAGCGGGAGCCCCUUUGGGUGCGGCAAAUGCAGGCGGCUUCGCACCCCUUCAUCUGGCUUGUCAAAAUGGGCACAACCAGUCGUGUCGCGAGCUACUAUUGGCUGGGGCGGAUCCGGAUCUGCGCAAUGGUUAUGGAGAUACAGCUUUACAUACCGCCGCACGAUACGGACACGCUGGCGUCACUAGGAUUUUAAUAUCCGCCAAGUGUAAAGUAUCGGAAAGAAAUAAAAAUGGAGAUACUGCCCUGCAUAUAUCAGCUGCCAUGGGUAGAAGAAAACUGACCAGGAUAUUACUGGAAGCGGGAUGUGAUAAAGGGAUCAGAAAUAAACAGGGAGAAACGGCCAGGGAUAUAGCGCUCAGGAAAGAAUUGGGAGAAAUCCUGGAUAUUCUGGAUGAAACGGGCGGAAGAGAGGGGAGAAGGAGCAAGAAAGAAAAAGGAAGUAAAAGACGGUCCAAAAGCAAAGUGCGCUUCGAGGGAAAACCGGGCAAAGAUGUAGUGGAUAUUUCCAUAGUAGAAUCCACAACCCCCACUAAACCACCUCCCACCAGCGGCAGCGGGAACAACAAUAAAUGGUCCCCUUAUGGUUGCCACUACUAUCCAGACCCGGAGGCAUUUCCAUCCCCAAAUUUGGACUCUUUACCUCCAGAACCCUUAAAAAAAGGUGAACAAUAUUACCUGGACUUGGCAGGGAACAUCUGUAAAGGUCCAGUAGGCGUGGGCUACACGUGCUACUGCGCUCCCUUGUUUCGACAUUUGGAAGCGAAAAUCGAACGGGACAAGCGGGAAUUACAAAGGGCGCAAGUGCGUUUAGGGCAAAAAGUGGCUGGAUUGGAGCAAAGGAUUUGUAGGGGUGCACAUGCCAGACGCUCCGAGAGAACGCCUAACCUUCAUAAGGAGCAGGAGCCUCAGUUGUCUAGGUCCAGGAGCUUAGAGAUGCUUGAUAAGGCUGAAAAGUCACAUUUACAAGCUACCAGAAGUAUGGACGAACUAGAUGAUACUGAGGAAGUUAAUCCCCAAGGCCCACGACCCUCGGUCAAAGAAUUAGUGGCUAGAAUUCAGCAACAGCACCAACAUAGCGCCCAUAACGAUGGAAACAAUAGCGAAAGUAGCGACGAUGAAGACGGACCUCUUAGGAUGCCUUCGAGAAAAGGUCCCAUGGGGGAUUCUAAUUUGGUCCCAGUUCCCUUGGGGCAACCACCAGGAGCAAUCAGACUGGGCCACUACGAAAACGUACCGAACGAAGUGACCAAUCCAAGAAGCAGAAGCGGAGUCUACAGUCCGGCUACUGUGGAGCAAACGAUGGUCGACUCAGCAAGUCGUUACAUCGAGCCCAUAGUUAAUAUCCAAGAACCUACAGAUGUGAGAUAUCCGAACUCAUACAAAGCGUACCCCAGCCAACUACAUGCUCAGCCCAGUACAAGCAAAUAUGAUCCUAUUAAUCCCUAUCAGCCGGAAAUGCGUUACAAUGACCCGGCGUACCACGCCCAUUACUACGAGGACGAGCUGCCGAACCCCAAUAAAUUCUACGAGCAUUCGAUGAGCGCCCGCCUAGCGAAGCUGCGAGUUCUGGAAAGUUCCAAGGGUUAUCCAGAGUCAAAAAACCCCAUUGAGGGUUCUUCCAGGAUGCUAGAUCCAAAUUUCGGGGACACUAGGGUCCUGGAGAACCCCCAUGACACGAUUGAUAGAGACACGAAUAACGAUUCUGGAUAUAGCACAAAGGUUUACGGGAGUUCUAAGGGAAACUCGCCGAGUUUAAGCGGGCAGGGCGAGUUGCUUGGGGCGAGCAGUUUAGUGUAGCACAAGUACAAAUAAUAAUAAAAAUUUAUUUUUUUGUAGAGCAAUUGAUGGACGGACUAAAUAAAUGUUUUUUCCUUUUCUAUUAACCGUAAUUUAUGAUUAAUUUAUUGUCUAUGAAUGGUACAUGAUGUCUGACCGAAUCAUUCUAUUUUUACAAUAACCUACUAGCUGUAUAUAUAAAGAAGUUUCCUAAGGUAUUUAUGUAUGUAUAAAGACUAUAUUGUGUACAUUUUGAGAAUUGUGACAUAAUUUGUAUAUUAGAGAAAAUAAAGUAUAUUUUAUCAUAAA